AUGUCCCAAGUAGAUGUUUUGCUCACCGUGGGCAAACUAGACGCGUCCCUGGCCCUGUUGACCACCGAGGAUCACCACGUUAUUGAGUUUCCGACUGUCCUACUGCCGGAUGAUGUCAAAGCUGGCUCUAUAGUCAAACUAUCAGUCUCUCAAACUUUGGAAGAAGAGAGGAAACAGAGGGAUUUGUUCAGGGAGAUUCAGGCCAAAAUUUUGGAGAAAUACGGUACCCAUAAACCAAAACCUCCGGUACUGAAGAUUGUCAAUGUAACACAGACCAGUUGUGUCCUUGCAUGGGAUCAACUAGAACUGGGUUCAUCCUGUUUAAAAUCUCUGGUCCUUUAUAGACAGGGUGUUCGUUCCACAGUUAUACCAUGCCCAUUGAAGUCCAACACUACAAAGAUCUCUGGGUUAUCAGUGGAUACAGACUACGAAUUUGAGUUGAAAUUGACUACAACUUCAGGCCAACUAUGGUCUGAAAAAGUCAAAAUGCACACUCAUAAGAUGACAGAUAUGUCAGGAAUAACUGUUUGUCUUGGUCCCCUUGAUCCAUUACUCAAUAUUUCGGGAGCUCAAAUUGCACAAAGUUUAUCACAAAUGGGUGCAAGACCCUUACAAAGACGUGUGGCCAUCGAUACCACGCAUUUUGUUACCAAUGAUGCUGAAAAUGAUGACGAUCCUGAGCUAAUGAAAGCGAAGAACAGUAAUAUUCCAAUUGUGAGACCUGAGUGGGUAAGGGCAAGUGAAAUGGAGAGAAGAAUAAUCGGUGUGAGGGGGUUUUAUCUUGACGCUGACCAAGGUAUAUUGAAGAGUUAUCAAUUUCCUCCGGCCACUGAUGAGUUUAAGGCAAAAUUUGCCAAACUAAAAUCUGGAGAGACUACAGAUAGCGUAAAUCUCGAGAAAAAAUUACCCACGAUCGAUGGUUCCCAGCCUGCACCAAAAGAGGAUGAUGUAGAAGAUGUUGGACUAACAGAGGAAGAUCUUAACGUAACUUCAGACCAACCGGUAAAUGGUGCCGGCGAGGAAGAGGUCUACCAAAAGCAAGAGGGUGAAAAAUCUCAUUCGAAGGAGCUGACAGAUUCAGAGGUACAAGAAGGCAUUGAGAAUGGUGAGCCAAGCAAGCUCGAGCAGAUGGAAUCCAAGACCGAGGAACCAGUCAAAAGCAAGCAGCCAGUGACGAAUGAACAAGCAGGUGCGAAUGACGAAUUGGUCGCAGAAGAAUCAAUCACGAAGGAACUGCCAGCCGAGCAGAAACAAGCUAAUGUUGAACUGCAAGAUGAAGGCCAAAAGCCAGUUGAAAGCGAACAAAUCACAGAAACGACAGAGCCAUUUAUUGAGGCUCCUGUUACAACUGAAAAAGCCGCAGAGCCUCCAAGUGUCGAGCCAGUGAAAGAUUUCCAAGAGGAAGUUCCAGCAGAACCUGAACAACCCGUUGAGCAGGAACAGCAGACCGAGCUUCAACAAGCGGCCGAGCCUGUACAACCCGUUGAGGAGGAACAGCAGACCAAGCUUGAACAAGCGACCGAGCCUGAACAACAAGCUGAGCGAACUGAGGAGCGGCAACCAAUUGAGGAGGAGCAACCAACUGAGAAAGAGCAACCACUUGAGAAGGAACAACCGGUAGAUUCUGAACAACCAGCUGAAAGGGAGUCUCCAUUUGAAGCGGAGCAGCCAACUGAGAAGGAACAACCAGCUGAAAGCGAGCCUCCAUUGGAAACGGAACAGCCAACGGAGAAGGAACAACCAGCUGAAAGUGAGCCUCCAUUAGAGACCGAACAACCAAUUAAGAAGGAACAACCAAGCGAUGCCAGGCAAUCUGAUAAGAAACUUGAUGAAACUGAUGACCAACCAGCCGAGGCCGAGCAAUUGGCAGACGUUAACAAUCCGCUCGAACCUGCUGAACCCGUCAGCGAAUCCACUAGUGAACCCACUGCUGAACCUUCGGCUCCACGUUCGAGCAAGAAGAACAAGAAGAAGAAGAAUAAGAAGAAAUGA